AUGGCCAGUAAAGCAGCAACACAUUACCUUCAGUUCAACAUACAAUGGUCAAGCAUCGCUCUUCUAUUCUACGACUACGCUUUAACGUUCCCCCUGGAAGUCAAGUACAUCUGGGGGUCGAAAGUCAGACUCUCAACAAUUCUGUACAUCUUCUGUCGAUACGCGCUGGUGGCCAACGUCCUUUACCUCUUAGCUAUCGCCAAUCGACUCAAACAAGGGAUAAUCGGCGCACUGAGUGUCCUCGGGCGAGCAGCUGUGAUAGUAACUUUCACAGGGAGAACGUACGCGAUAUACGCAAGGAACAUAUACAUCCUAAUUUAUCUGGGCCUCAUUGGCACCGCUUGUAUUGCGUUAGAUAUCGUAAGCGCACGUUCCCGGCCUUCGGUGUGUAGGUUCGUCAAGCAAUCCCUUGUAAGCCGUCUCUGGAUUCUGAUUUCUGUGAACAACGACUUAUCGGUUCUUGAUGUCUCCACUUCUGAAAGAGCGAACCUAUUACUCUCGAUCCUGAUGGUUAUCUUCGAAUACUCCUCUGCGAUUCUUACUAUCACUCGCAGCCUCGUGGCAUUCAAAGUCGGCAGAAGGAAGGGACGCUCCAAAGGCCUCAUCAACCUAAUUUUCGAGCAAGGUGUUCUUUAUUUUAGCAUUAUUUCCCUCUUCACAACUACAGCAGUUAUAUUGAAUGUGGAAGCACCUGCUGGGUUCUUCCAGCGGUUGCUAAACGCAUACACACUCCCGCUGUCGGGUUUACUCACUGCUCGAUUCUUACUACACAUCCGAGCGUACGAAGACAAAGAACGAUCGCGCGCAAUGGCUGCGCAGACCAGGACGGGUACCCUACAGAUAUAUACCUUGACUACUUUGGCGAGCUUUCGUGCGGCCGCGGGAGAUGCCAUGUCGAGUAUGGUCGAUCAAUUUGGUGAUGAUCCUGUCGAAGCCGCACAGCGCCAGAUGCGAACUGAAUCGUCUAAGGCGACGGCCGCCGCUGAAAGUAUAGGCCAUGGGUCAAGUGCAAGAUCACUGGCUCAUCGUAUAUCAGAAGCUGGCAGUAAAAACCCCUCUGGUUCUUCUUCAGUAUAG